GCUUCAGACGCUUAUAACAGAGAUGACGACUGAAUACAUGAGAAGAAUGAAGAUGAUGUUGACUUUCACUCUGCUGAUGAUUCCUGGAGCUCUGAGCUUCAGUGUGACGGGAUAUACAGGAGGAGCAGUCACCAUCACAUGUCAUUAUGAAAGUGGAUAUUCAACAAAUGCAAAAUAUUUUUGUAGACUUAGUGCAGACUUGACUCAAAAGUGUUCUGAUCUCAUCAAGACUGAUAUUAAAAAUAAAUGGUUUAAGAGUGGAAGAUUCUUUCUGUAUGAUGACACAACAGCAUCAGUCUUCAAUGUCACCAUCACUGAUCUGAAUGAAGAUGAUUCAGACACAUACUAUUGUGCAGUUGACCGAUCUUUAUGGGAUAUCCACACUGAAGUGAAGCUGAAUGUUAGAGAAGAUGACUGUUGUGAGAAGAUCAUCAGUCUGUCAGUUCCUUCAGGUGGAUCUGUGAAUGUCAGCUGUAAAUACCCACAAUCCCACAGGACAGACGUGAAGUUUCUCUGCAGGUCAUCUGGAGCUGAUAUAUGUGCUCAUGUGAGACAGACACGAGACAGAGAUCAUGAUGUUAUCUUCAUCACUAAUGUGACUGAUCACAGAUCAGCAGAAUACUGGUGUGCACUUCAGACUGAGGAUCACAGAUACAAGAUCUUCAUCACACGAGUACACAUCACUGUCACUGAGAUUCUUGUUGGCCAGAUCUCAUCAUCACCAUCAUCCUCAUCAUCCCCAUCAUUUCCUACACUGGAAACUUCAAUGUUUACAGAAAUCCGACAAACUAACAUCGCACUGACUUCAGCUAGUAAAGCAACAGCCCAACGACGUUACUUUUGCCACGCUCCCUCACCUGUCCCUCAUUGACAUUUGCACCUGUUCGUCAUCAUUGACUGUCACCUGUACCCCAUCUUCCUCGUUAUUUGGACACAAUAUGUACUCUCCUUCACCCAUCGUGUUUGGUCAUGCCUUGAAGAAAAUUUAGUCUUUUUGUAAAGUUUCUACCUAGUUUCAUAACUGGUUUCCUGUGGAAAAUAACAUGUGUAUUCUUGUCGUGUGGAUGUUUUUGCUUGUAUUGUUUUUUAUCAUUCUCAGGAUUACUUACCUUUUUAGAUAUUUUGUUUUUUUCUUGUGUAUUAUUAUUAUUUCGUGUAUUAACCCUUUUGUUCCUGUUUCCUGUUUGUCUGAUUAAAACAUUUUUACCUUCACUCAUCACCUGUGGCAUCAUCCAUCAUCUGUGAACUGUUACACUAACACUGUUUAUAAACUCUUAAAUUACCCACAACCCCGCUU